AUGAAACAAGUGCAGCCGCCCUUUAUUUUUCCCCGUGUUCGAUACGGCAUUCCACGACUAUUAGCAGCAAUGCUCGCGAAGGGCUCGUGGAUGCCCGCUGCCAGCUACAGUGUCGCUUGCGCUUGCUACGGACAAAUCUCGAACACCAAGUCCGCCGACUCGAUGCAGACCACCAACGGGCUCAUCAUUGCAGCAGUUGUUAGCUGGUGCCAACAAACCAACUUCUGUGCCAGUGGCUGGGAACAGCUGACAGCUUACGGGCUCCCGUCCGUCUGGGCACGGCCCAGGAAGCAGCCAGAGCCCCUAUCCACCACAGUCGCAUGGUGA